CUGACACGAAGAAAAGAUGAAUUUUGGUGCAAUUAAUAACGAUAAUAACUUUAACAAGAAUAGAUCUGGUCCUCCGAAACCUCCUCCGUAUGUUAUCUGCUAUUUAUGCGGAAGGAAAUAUGGGACUAAAUCCAUAAGUAUACAUGAACCAUCCUGUAUUAAAAAGUGGAAAGCAGAAAACAAAAAGCUGCCAAAACACUUGCGUCGAAAAAUGCCAACAAAGCCAGAUUAUAGUGUUUUAUCAUCUGGAGAUGGCAAUGCAGUAGAUCAGAUGAAUGAAAUGGCAUUUAAGGCAGCUCAGGAACAGCUAAUUCCUUGUGAAUUUUGUGGUAGGACAUUUUAUCCUGAACGAUUACCUGUGCAUCAACGCUCUUGCACAGCGGAUAAACCUGCAGCUGCUCGCCCAAGAACGGUGACAAAGGGUAGAACUGCUCCUCUUGCUCACACUAAUCAACAAAUUAACCCAAAGCAGCAGCCUUCUAAUGCUAAGUCGGAAACUCUGUCUAAGCACCGCACCUCUAACCAAAAAGUAAAGGAAACCUCAAAAGAAAACUCAAAUGGUGGUCCUACAAUGUUAUGUGGAUUAUGUCAGAAACAAGUAUCUGUUUCAAAUAUUCAAGCUCACCUAAUGCAAUGCAAUGAAGAAAUGACAAAAAGAUUAGUUCAAAGCGAAGCUCAACAUAAAGAUCCCCCUCUGCAGAAAGUAGAAAGGCCUAGAACUAGAACCUUACAAAGAGGUCCUUCAAAUUCUGACAAAAAAGAUGCGGAGGCUGAUUCUAAGAAUAAUGUAAAUCAUGCCACUUAUGACAUUGAUUCACCCGAUGAAGCCGCACCUCAAAAACAUCGCAAGAAAUCAAUAAAUAGAAAAUUAUCCAAAACAAAUACCCAAGAGCCCCCUGCAACCACAAACUAUCCCACUUAUAAUGUUGACCCAAAUGAACAAGAGAGGGAAGAUUUGGUUGAGUGUCCUCUCUGUAAUCGUCGUUUUGCUGCAGACCGCAUAGCUAAGCACCAAACUGUUUGCAAAAAAAUAGCAACAAAACCAAAAAAGGUUUUUGAUGCUUCAAAGCAAAGGUUGGCAGGAACAGAAGCAGCUCAGUUCUAUACCAAAAAUAAACAAAAGAGCCAACCUGCUGCUCCCAAAUCUAACUGGAGGCAAACACACGAGGAUUUUAUAAAAUCAAUCAGAAAUGCUAAAAAGGUUACUGCACAUAUGGCAAAGGGCGGUAAAGCUUCUGAUCUGCCACCACCUCCCCCCUCGUUGAAUCCAGAUUACGUCUAUUGCCAACAUUGUGACAGGAGAUUUAACCCAGAAGUAGCAGAAAGACAUAUUCCAAGAUGCGCCACAAUUGUAAACAGACCUAAGCCACCAAAACAGAAAGCUCUAGAUGCAUAUAAAUCGCCCCAGCCUAAGAAGCAACAAUCUAAGUCAAACGUAAGUCAAUAUUGGAAUGCACCUAGCAGACAGAAUAACAGAGUGGGCUCAUCAUAUGGGCGCUCAACGCCAAGCAGUAAAACAAAAAAUUCGUUUGCUAGUACGACAGGUUAUGUUAGUCCGAGAUAUGAAGGAUACACGUCACCGAGAGACAUGAAUAACAAUCAAAACAGACCCUUAUCGAAACGUGGAGUAAAAACAAAUCAACGUAAUAAUAACUUUAGCAAUGAUCCUUAUAGACCGAAAACAUUUUCAGGUGUCGAUUACAAUAAGCCUCCUACUCGUGGGUAUAGCUACAAUGCUAUGAACCAAACAAAUCCUAAUAUUUUUGGUGGAUAUCAUUAAAGAGUCGUUCAUUUUUCAAAAUUGAAGAGAAGCAUCAAGCAGGUAGUAGAUAACAUUGAUUCUGCUUAAAAAGAAUGCCAUUAGGUUAUACUUGACUAACAACUGAUUUUUAAUAUGACUGUUUUUAUUGAAGAUUUUUCAACGUCUAUUAUAACUUGAAUUUUUAUCUUUCGUAUCCACCUAAUUUUAAUUCACCUUGAUUUUUUUUUAUUUGAAGAGCACAAACUUUCGUAGAAAUUU